AUGAUUUUUAGUAUUUAUUAUUUGUUAGAAUUAGAAAAUGCUGUUGAAAAAAAAAUUUGUGAAAUUGAAAAUGAAAUGCAAAAUAUUUUUUCCUUUCUAAAUUAUAAUAAUAAAUUAAAUAAUUCCCUUUUACUAUGUAAGAAAAAUUCUUUAAUAAAAAAAUCGACAUUACACUUGAAUAAAUGUAGAAAGGACAGAAAGAGAAAUAAUCAAAGACAAAAAAAUUUAAUAAUACAUAGUUUUCUCAUUAAGAAAAAAACUCAAUUAAAAAAAGAAUAUUCAAAUAGAAAAAAACUAAUAAAAGAAGAAAAAAAUAUAAAUAAAAACUUCACCAUUAUUCAGAAUAGAAUAUCAAAUUGUAUAUAUAAUACAUAUGAUGAAAAAGAUAUAAAAGUGAAAUGUAAAAAGAAAGAAAGUAAUCAUUCUGUUAAAUUAAUAAGAGAAAUAAAUUUAAAAAAAAAUAAUUGUGUAUUAUCAUUGGCACAAAGUAAGGAUAUGAAUUAUUUAUUGGCAGGGUUAGAUAAUGGUGUUUUAUAUAUUUAUGAUUUCUCUAAAGAAAAUAUAAAUAAUAGUUAUAAUAAAAACUUGAUGACAUAUAAUAAUCACAUUAAUAAUUAUAAUGAGAGCUUUUUACUUAUACAUGGUGGUGCAAUAAUAAAUAUUCAAUUUUCUAAUACAAAUGAAAAGAUUUUUUUUACAAUUGGUAUAGAUAAAAAAAUUAAAGUAUGGAAGAUGAAUAGGAAUAUAUGUUUUAGAGACAAUGAAGAAGUGAGUAAAAUAAAUUUGAAAUUCGUUUGCGAAAUGAAAUUUAAUUAUCAUAUUACAAAUUGUAUUUUUCAUUCAAAUAUAAAGGAUACCUUAAUAAUAGGUUUUAUUAACGGUGUUAUAAAAAUAGUAAAGUUAAAAAAAAAUUAUGAGGAUAACCUUGCUUUAAAUAAUGAAGAAAUUGAAAAAAAAGGAAAUGUAAUUUUUGAAAAUAUCAUGAAAAAUUCAAUCGUUAAAUAUGAUAAAAGUCUUUUUAAUUAUUCCACUGAAAAUUCAUUUAAUAAUUCUCAUAAUAACAAUUUUUUUAAUAAUUCAAAUAAUAUUUGUUGCAAUGAUAAAAAAAAUGUUUUUAAAAAUUCAUAUAUUAAAAACUUUUUUGAAACAAAUUUUUUAGAAAAUAUGAACAAUUUAAAAAAAAAAAAAAAAAAAAAUUGUGAAUUAUAUGUAACAAAGCAAAUAAAAACGAAAUUUUCUAUAUGUGCAUUGGCUAUGUCGAUAUAUAAAAAUUUAUUAUUUGUUGGUAUGUGUAAUGGGAUAGUUAAUAUUUAUACAAAUAAUUAUGAAUUUAAAAAAGAACUUAUAUGUAGAAGUAAAAGAGGAAUAUAUUCAAAAGGAAAACAAGUUAGUAGCAUCAAGUUUAAUGAAAAUUUAAAUUUAAUUAUUGUUACAACUCUUGAUAACAGAAUUAGAAUUUUUGAUAAAAAAUUAUUUUUAAUUUAUAAACUAAAAGGGAAUAAAAAUUGUUCUUUAUCCUUUGAAUCAAAAAUUUUUGUAAGUAUAAAUAAUUUAAGAAAAAAUCAUGAUAAAAAUUCUGAUAUACAUGAAAAAAUAUAUAAUCAAGAUUAUUGGAAUUUUGAACAAAUAUAUAAUAAAGCGAAUUCUUCUUUUAUUACUUAUAAUAAUAUUAAUACAAAUAAAAAUAUAAGAGAUAAUCAUUUAAUAUAUUACAGAAAAUCAAACAACUUUAAAAAAGUUUUUAAAAUAACAUCACCAAGUGAAGAUGGUAAAGUAUAUAUAUGGAAUUUUUCUUUAUCUUCUUUAGAAGAUGAUAAUAAAAUUUCUAAAACAAAAUCACAAUGCACAUAUUCAAAGAGUUUCAUGAAGUAUAUUUGUCAAAACUUAAUAAAAAGAAAAAAUAAGAGAGAACAAUAUAUUAUGAAGGAUAAAGAAAUCAGUGUAAAAACAAAUUAUUUUAAGGAAAAACUUGAUAAUAUUAUUCAAAUAAAAAGUAAUGAUCAACAAGAUUAUAUUUAUGACAAUGUUAUUAGUGAUGUUUACUUCAAUAACAAAGAAACAGUAUUAAAAAAAAAAAAAAAAAGUAUAAACAGGGAUGAUUUUUUUCAAAAAAUACAAAAAAAAUUUUUUAAAAAAUCCUCUUCGUUUCAUUCAAAGAAAAAAGAUGAACAAACCUAUUUUAAUAAUAUCUUAAAAUGUCAUAAAUAUGGAAACGGAGAAAUUCAACAUUCGUCAAUGAGUAAAUUAAUCAAUAAACAUAAAAAGAAAAAAAAAAAAAAAAUUAUUAAAUCAUUAGAUAAUUUAGAUUAUUUUAUAUCUCAUGAUUGUAAAAAAAUAUCAGCAACAUAUAUUUCUAACGAAUUUUUUUAUAUUGAUAAUAAUACUAAUGAAAAAAAAAGUCUAUAUGAAAAAAGAGGAAAUAAUUCAAAAAUGAAUUUCCUACAAAGAAUUAAAAACACAUUUGAAAAUAAAAAAAAAAAUAACACUAAUAAAUAUUCAAUAUUUAAAAAAUCUGAACAUAGUUUUCAUGAUAGUAUUUCUUUUUGUGAAACAGCCUGUCCAAAAAAUAUGUCUUUUCAAAAAAUUAAUGAAAAUAAAAUUCCAAAGGACAUGAAUUUACAAAAACAUUUCUUAGUUAUUACAGCAAAUAACAAAUGCAUUAAAAUUUUUUUGUGUUGUGAAAAAAAUUAA